AUGGCUCCCAUCUUGUCCAUCCUGGCUUCCCUGCUCAUCCAAGAUGGCUUCCCUGCCUCCAAUAAUGCGGUGCUGGAGGCCGUCUAUCACAGGCGUGGGGGUAUUGGGCGGGCGGAGCCUGAAGCCGCCCAUCACGCAGGCCAGGAGCCGGGCUCGGUGCUGGAGGAGGAGGGGGUGCGCUUCACGCCCUUCAACCUGCGGGAGGAGCUGGCCGAGGGCCACUUCGACGCCGCCGGCAACUACUUCCCUCGCGGCGACGACGGGCCCCCAGACGCCUGGCUCGACUCGCUCGACUGGGAGUGGGUGUCUGAGGGCUACUUUGCAGACGGGGUUUACUGCCGGAAGUUGGACCCGCCGGGCGGACAGUUUUACAGCUCCAAGCGCAUCGACUUUGACCUCUAUACGCCAAGCCCUGCCCCCGCCCUUGACCCCGCCCCCCUGGACUGGGCCCAGCAGAACCAGCGCCUGGCGGAGGAGCUGCAGCAGGCACUGGAGCGGGAACGGGGCCUCCGGGCGGAGCUGGCGUCUCUGCGGGAGGAGACACGGGCGCAGGGGCGGAGCCAGGCCGGGCUGGAGGCCGCGGCCCAGAGCCUGAGUGCAGAGACAGCAGUGCUGCGGGCCCGGGCGGGGGCACUGGAGCAGGAGGCGCGGGAGCUGCGGGGGGAGGCAGAGGCGGCGCAGGGGCAGGCGGAAGCAGCGCAUAGCCAUGGCCUCGUGCUGCGCCGGGAGCUGCACGAGAAGGAGCUCGAGGCUGAAUCAUUGAGGGCAGAGGCGGAGGAGCUGCGCGGGGCCAACCGACGGCUCCGGCGCCGAAUCCGGGCUGUCUCCGAGGAGCUGCAGUUCCAGUCGGCCGAUAAUGGCGUCUCCCUGAAGGCCGAGCUGGAGGGGACCCAGGGCCCCGAGCCCCCCAAGGCUCCGGCACGGGACAGGUCUGAGGCGCUGCCCCAGGAUGCACUGGAGGAGAAGGAAGUGGAGAUUGAGCGGCUCCAAGAUGAGCUGGCUGUGCAGCAGGGGGCGCUACAGGCGGCACGGGAGGAGCUGGGGGCACAGCGGGGCCUCCUGCAGGAGAGGGACGGGGAUGCGGCACUGAGGCAGGCACUGGCCCAACGCGACACCGCCAUCGACAGGCAGGGGGUGCUGGCUGAGACGCUGGAGCGGGUGACGCGGGAGCGUGAUGCCCUGAGCCGCCAGGUCCUGGCUGCCGCCCACCAGAAGUGGGCGCUGUCCCGGGAGCUGGAGGCCUGGCAGGACGACAUGCAGUUAGUGAUUCACCGGCAGCUCCAGGCCCAGCGGCAGCGGGAGGCCGGGGCCCCGCCCCCCGUGCACCGCGGCAACAGCGCCCCCCACGGCGGCCACUUCCUGUCCUUCUUCCGUCGCAGCUGACAGGCCAGGGAGCCAAUAGGAGCCGGGGGCUGGGGCGCUGAAGGUUCAUUUUGGCCUAGCCCCUGGCCUCACUGCCCUCACUCUAGGCCUGGCUUUGGCCUGCCAGUGCCUCUGGGUCUCUUUCCCAUACCGAUGUUCUAGGUCCACCAUGGGUUCUAGGUCACUCAAUGCCCGCUCUAGGCCUGGCUUUGGCCUAGGCUUUGGCUUCAUUGCCUCUACGCUAGGCCUGGUUUUGGCCUACCACACACUCCCUCCCGUAAGCCUCUGGGUCCCAUCCCCCUCUUGGUGGCUCACUAUGAUGUUCUAGAUGUUUCCACCAUGGGUUCUAGGUCACUCAAGGCUCACUCUAUACUUGGCUUUGGCCUGUAUCUCACCUAGAAGCCCCUCCCUCUGCUCCUGGCCCAGACGCCUGGGUUCCCUGGGAGGGGAGUGGGGCCUGGGUUCCCUCCCGUGUACAUGCUCUGUGCCUCAGUUUACCUCAAUUCAAUUAAAACCAUCUUUAUUCCCAA